AUGGCUGCUUUUGGCAUCUCUUUUCCUAAAAUAACUCUAUGUCGAUCGUCAACAUCGAAAACUGAUCCGACUCAUGUUCCAUCAACAACUCCCGUUCGAACUCUUUCCCUUUCAAUCAAAAACGUGCCAAGUCAACCGCUACAUUAUGACGUUUCGACAGCCAUCGUGAAGAAGAAGACGCCAACGAACGCGACAAUUCUCGCGAUCGAUGGAGAGACCAAACAAUUGCCGAAGAAUUUAUCUGUUUUUAACGAGCUUCAACUUGAUGAUGAAGCUGAAAACAUUGAUGAAAGGCGAAGACAAGAAAAGACUUCGAGUGACGGUCUUAUUUGUUCACCGUUGUCGAGUCCGAUGGGAAGCAUUGAUCAUCAUCCGACUCGUCGAUUAAUCAACGCUAGUACAGAAGACGAGCACAUUGCACAAGAACGAAAAUCAAAUCAAACAUUUACACCGCCGACAUCAAGUUUAAGCAAUGAUUCAUCAUCGAGAAAUAAUUUACAUUCGACAAUAUCUUCACUUUCAGUUGAUCUCCCUGAAUUAAAGUAUGCACUUGAAGAAUUUCUCGGUGAUAAUGAUCCUGUGUAUGAAAUAGCUGAAGAAUUCGCAACCAUUUGUUCUCUGUCACAUCAAGAUUUUAAAGACAAUGAUCGUCAACAAAACGUGACAACGUCGAUUGUACACAACUAUUUGCAAGAUCAAACUCAUACGACAGAAAUUGAUUCGAUGCGUGACAAAAUUGGACGACCAGCGCAUGAAUCUCAGGUGUCCAGCCAUAUGAAAUGGUAUGUAAGUGAAUUACGAAUACACAAACCAUUGAUCUACCGUACACAAUGGACAAAUACACAAUCGAAUAGUAAACAGCGGCAGCUAAGCCAUUCAGUUAAUGAUCUCAUCCAGAUACACGAUCCCGAAAACAGAAACUAUCAAAUAAUAUCGAAAACAACAGAUGAUAGUGUACACUCGACGCUAUCAUUGAGAGAUUUUCAUCAACAACAAGUUCGACACAGAUCGGAUGAUAACAUCCUUCGGAAUAGUUAUUUACCUUAUAUGAAUACUGGUUCAACUGCUCGACGUAUGUCACUGUUUAACAUUGAAAAACGAUCAGAUCGUCCGCUCAAGAAAAAAGAUGAUACAUUAAUUCGAAAUGAGUCGGUGAAGAAGAAACUAUUCGACAUAUUAAAUGAUAAUGAAUUAGAAAAUGCAUGCUUAGAAGAUAUGAGUGACGAAUUCGAAGAUACGUCUCUCAUCCCUGACCACGAACCUCCAAUGAUCAGUUCGUAUUCAUCUUUGGCAUCAUCCUCCGAUGAUGCACUGUAUUCUUCACCUCCAAAUGAACUUCAAUUGCCAUCAUCACUUCCAUUAGUUUCGUCAUCUUCUCAUAAUAAUCUUUCAACUCAUACCACGGAAUAUCACAUCGGCCGAUCACGUUUGAUUACGACGAGUCUCGAAAAAAUUCCAUUGAAUAAUAAUUCAUCUAACCAUUUUUCUUCAUCAUGUACUUUACGUCCAUCCUAUGAACAUUCUCGUGCGUCUUGGUACACAUCACCUUCACCACAAUGGCGUGUGGACGAUCAAUUAUCAGUUCCAUCAAUGUUAAAACGACAUCCAUCAAAGAGAGAUCUCAAUCAACUAGUUACAGACUAUCAUCUCCAACCGAAAUUUAAUGAACAGCGUCGAAAAGAACAAAAGCAUGUGAGCUAUUCAUUAAAGAAUACGUCGACGCCAUUAGUCGAUGAUUCUUCCUCAAUGCUUCCGAUUAUCCAAGAUAAAUCAUCCAAUCUUCUCAUGUUUAUCUAG